AGUUGUGCAGUGACCAAUCGAAGAACUCCUGUCUAUCACACCUGUACCGAAUUCAGCCUAUCAAAUUGAAUAUGACCAAUAAGUAGUCAAGUAGAAGUGUAGAAUAAACCACCAGAGGACUGAUAUUCGUGCUAUAUGAAUAUUUUAUAUCACAUGAAAAUGUAAGUGUCGUAUUUUACACACACACCACACGAACACACACACACACUUUGAACACGACGACACAAUUAAUGCUGAAUUAUAUCAUUAUAUUCAUUUGAAGUGAACUUUGAUCACUUCAAAUACACAUAUAUAUGUACCUUUAUGUUGCACAAUCACUCCACUCUGUUCAACCCGAUCAAAUCAAGAAACCUAUUAUGAAUAAAUCCUUAGGCUGUUUAUUGCUGUUGUUGUUGUUAUCGAUUUAUUUAUUGCCUAUUUGCUUCUCAGAGCAGCUGGACAAGAAUUACUUUGCUGACACAGUCAAAGCCAGAUGCGCUCAAUGGGCGAUUGAACAUAAUGUUCUUGACGUAGACUGCGAUGACAUAUGGCAAUCGUUUGAAGAGAUUUCACAUGGUGCUCGUAAUCAGUCAGAAUGUGUUAUGCAACCCACAUCAUACGAUGCAUUUGUCGAGAAGGCAUUCAAAAAACAACCAAAGAUAGAAAAUGCACACUUUUAUUCACAAGCACUCGAUGUUAUUCGUGCAAUGUGUAAACGUCUUGGAGAAUGCUCAAGUCUAGAAACCACACUUCCAGGAUAUUUAUUUGACGAACUGGAUUGGUGUGAUAAACACUUCACAGGUGAUGCAGACUAUGGGACAAAGUGUGGUUGUAAUGAAACCACUAAAGUGGUAUUUGCAUUCUGGGAAAGCGCAUCUAAAAAGUAUGCACAAGAAGUAUCUGGUAACGUGUUUGUUGUUUUGAAUGGAUCAGUCGCAUGGCCAUUUAAAGAAAACGGUACCUUUGCCACGGUGGAACUUCCACAAAUUACACACACGAAAGUGCAAAAAUUAACCGUUAAAUUAAUUCACAACACACGAAAGUCGCCAUAUCAUCAUACUUGUGAAUCGUCGAAUAUUAAAAAGCUAGAGUCUCUAGUGAAGUCGAAAAUGAUCAAUUAUCAGUGUAUUAAUGAUCCACCUGAAUUCAAACACUUCUUAUGCAUCAAUGAUCAAAUCAGCAGUGAAUGUCGAUUUUCAAGUUCUUCAAGACGUACAUCAUACACGCAUCUACUGCUGUCGAGUUGUUUAUUCCUCUAUUACACCUUCAGCGUCUUCAGUAGCAUAAAAUAAUCCUAUUCUUAUGGAUAAAUUUUAUUAAGCUAUUCAGAUUUUACUUUUGUUGUUCGUAUGCAGAGUUCAUCUUCCAUAGUGUAAGACAUCUCAUUUGUUCAAAUUCUCUCAUUUUUAUAAAUGAAACUUGUCAUAUUUGAGUUUGUGAUAGCUUUUUGAACAAAUAUAAUCAGACUGUUUUGUUAUCUUUGUGAUUUCAUUCAACUGAACUUCACUCUUUGACUUAUUAAAAUAAAUCCAUUCCAUUCAUUUUGCAAAAUGUUUUACUUUUGUACUAAUAUCUUGAACCUUCUUGAAAAAAAAACCGGUAGCAGUGGCUUUUUCUUCAAAUUAUCUUAAAAGUUUGUUAAUUUAAUAACUUCACAAAACUGUGGUGAUGACUUGGAGUUUUUUUUUAUUAAUAUGCUUGAAAAAUGACGUGUUUUAAGUGAUUUUAACACAUGUCACUCAAGAUACUGUCAAGUACUGCAAGAAUGAGACAGCAGUUAGCAUGAAAUUUGAUAUAACUGGUCGAUGAAAAAUACCAUUUGCUGUCGUAUUUUCACCAUCCCCCCUCAAACUCAAUACUUCGACUGAAAUAAUACCGACAAGUCUUCAAAUAUGUAAAUUAUUAAUGAAUUAUUAUGUGGUAGCAUCAACUACGUUGGAGUAAACCAGACAAGACAAUGAACACUACAUCAUAUUUUAUGCUCAAGAUACUAUCAUUCAGUGUACACUUAUAGGCAUCGGUGGCACAGCGGUAGAAUGCUCGCCCAUCACGCUUCAUGUUGUCCGAGGUUCAAUCCUAGGCCACUGGCACACUGCUUUUACCUCGCUAAGCCAGUAAUGAGACUGGUAAAGAGGGAGGUUGGGCAUGAGGUUAGCAACCCAUUCGAUAAAAAUAAAUACCACUGCUACUGAAACUUGAAGCCAUAUGUUCCACUAAGAAAGUAAUGGAAUAAAAAAGUACACUUAUAGAAAUCUUCGUCUACUGAUUGCAAGUAAAAACAUUAUCUAAAGUAUUUAGUCAAUUUCAUUAGGUAUUGACUACCCUUUAACUUCUAACUAAAACAUAAAUACACUUUGUUCCUACCGCUGAAAAAUGAUUUCUUUAUAUAUUACGUGGAUAAUCAUUGUAUAACACUAA